GUGCAUUCUUCCUCACGGCUUAGCACGGGGCUCACUCGACUCCCGAGAUCUGACUCGCGUCAGCUCUAUAUUUUUGCACGGAAAGCCUGUUUUGCAAAGAAUUUGCUCGAAUCAUGGGUGACGUCGUGAAAUGUGAUGUCGACGGACAAGGCAUGCUCCACGGUCAUGACACGGGCACCGUGUCAUCCACUAGAGUCGUGGACCCCAGAAUGAACAUGAAGGGCAAGGUGGCGAUGUGGCAACAAAAAGCCGACAAUCACGCAGAGAAACAAAAGUAUAAUUUCUUCUCUGAUAAGGAUGGAUGCGGCGUCAAGCGGGUCAUCGACAAGAAUGAUCCAAACUAUGGACGUCCUGAGGCCGGUUCCAAAACAGAUCUCCGCGGUCAGAAAGCACAGCGAGAGAUUCUGAAAGAGGUCCGAGAGCUAUGCGAAAUCAUCGAUGAGGUUGGAUACCACAAGAAAGACGGCACAGUCAUCAUCACCUUCGGUCAACUUUUUGAUUUGUGGACGGUCAUCUCCGACAAGCUCGUAGGAACGAUGCUCCGGGCGCGAAAGAAGGGUCUCAUCGAUUUCGAAGGAGAAAUGCUGUUCCAAAGAAGAGAUGAUCAUGUCAUCGUCAGUCUGGUGAAGGAUAUGAACGAAGUGAACGAGAUGUUCAAUUACACCGGACCGAGAAUGACGCUCGGCCACGUGAGACGUCAGAUCGAGGCUGAACUUCCCCAACACUUGCUCGAUUAA